UUUCUCCAAAUCAGGUCCAAGCCAGUUCAAAAUCGUCCUGAUUUAGAUUCAAAAUCGUGGUACCUUUAGAGGAAGCGUCCUAUUAUACACGGGAUGCCCGCAAUGACAUACAACUGCCAUCUUCGCAGUCUGCCGCGACACGCCUAAGUGGUUACACAAAAUCUAGAUCACCAGGAGUUAAACAAACAAUUUGACAGGGGUGGAACUGGGCCCAGAACUUUAUAAAAAAAUAAAAAUAAAAAAUAAAAAUUCUUUAUACAUCAGUUACGAGUAAGUCGAAUAGGCCCUUGACUUAUGUCACGAUUAUAAUCCCGGCUUGGGUGCGAGGUCUGCGAGAUGAAAUGGUGCCAAACGAAAUGUCCAACGAUCCCUAUAGUUAGGAAGUGCUGUUUCUUUGUGCCCAUACGGAAAGGAGUUAUCAUAUUCGGAUAUGUCAAUUUGGUCCUCACCCUUCUCGUGUUCCCAUUCUUCGUCUUCAUGCUGGUGGAGGAGGCGACCAAAGAUGGCGAUGGCGAGGAACUGCCUCCUCGCAUGGACCCCAUAGUGCAUAUACCACUAACCCUCGCGUUUCUCCUCACUGACGUUAUCAUGUACAUCGUUCUACUCAUAGGAGCCCAUAAGAGAAAGCAGGCCUUACUGAAGAGCUACCUGUACUUCGGCCUCGUGUUCCAAGUGGUGACUUUCUGCGUGGACAUGGUCUUCCUUGACAUUGAAGAGUACCUCGAGAACGCCGUGUACUUCUUCUUUUUAGGUCUGAACCUGUACCUGCUUUUCUUAGUCUACAACACAGUACGGGUCAUAGAGGAGAGUGCAGUGCAAUACGUGGCGCAUCAGGAUCUGAGGCAUCUCAUCAUGUGACGCCACUACAGAUCUCAAAUACAAAAUGGGGAAGAAAACUCGCAGACAAUACAUGUAUUUAAAUGAAAUUCAAUGGAUAUACAUAGGUAUUACAAAUACGUACAAUACAUAUUA